ACUUCUCCACCACCGUCCCUCGUUGCUUCGGCGUUGGAGUUGCAGACUGGUCAUGAAGAUUCCCCAACUCGACCGAUCUGGGCCGAGUCAACUCGCGAUCUCUGCAAACCAGCUGUCUAUUUGCUCCUCACGUUAGCCACCAUCAAAGUUUCCCACUCUCUCUACCGUCGUGCUAAAAUGUCUUCUUCAUCGGCGCAUGAAACUGACGCAGAAACUCUCCGGCGAGAACGAAUUCUAUCCAGCAAACUCUACUUCGACGUAUCCCCAUCAAACGUUUCGGUGAUUUACUCAUCCGCUUACGACAUCUCGUUCAUGGGGAUUGAGAAAUUUGUAGGUGUUAGCGUGAUUCUGAUAUUGCAAUCUGAUUUGGGCAGGCACCCAUUUGAUUCUUCCAAAUGGGGCCGAGUUUGUCAAUUCCUUGUUUCGGAUGGGUUUUUGGAGAAGAGAUCGAUCGUUGAGCCUCUUGAAGCUUCCAAGGAUGAUCUCUUAGUGGUACAUUCCGAAACAUACUUGAACAGCCUGAAAAGCAGUGGAAAUGUCGCCAUGAUAACUGAGGUUCCACCAGUUGGUUUGUUUCCAAACUGUCUUGUGCAGCAGAAAGUUCUUUACCCGUUCCGGAAGCAGGUUGGAGGAACGAUUUUGGCAGCGAAGCUUGCGAAAGAGCGUGGUUGGGCAAUAAACGUUGGAGGGGGAUUUCAUCAUUGUUCUGCUGAAAGAGGAGGUGGAUUUUGUGCUUAUGCAGAUAUCUCUCUCUGUAUUCAGUAUUCCUUUGUCCGUUUAGGUCUAUCCAGGGUGAUGAUAAUAGAUCUCGAUGCUCAUCAAGGGAAUGGCCACGAAACAGACUUUGCCCAUGACAGACGAGUUUAUAUUCUAGAUAUGUAUAACCCCGGGAUAUACCCCUUGGAUUAUGAAGCUAGGAGAUUUAUUGAUCAGAAGGUCGAAGUGAUGAGCGGGACCAAGACCGACGAGUACUUGAGGAAGCUAGAUGAAGCCCUCGAGGUUGCUUCACGAAACUUUCAACCAGAAUUGAUAAUUUACAAUGCUGGAACAGAUAUUCUAGACGGAGACCCACUUGGACUUCUAAAGAUAAGCCCGGAAGGCGUAACAAGAAGAGACGAGAGAGUCUUCAGAUUCGCCCGUGAUCGAGAAAUCCCUCUUGUAAUGCUGACUUCGGGAGGGUACAUGAAGUCGAGUGCGAGAGUAAUAGCUGAUUCCAUAGAGAACCUCUCAGGGAAAGGCUUGAUAACUAUGCAGCCAAAUCCAGCACUAUAGUUCCAAGGUUAGGCUACAUAAGGGUAUUAUUGUCAUUGUGUAUAUUACCGUAUAAAUAUGCUCGUAAACUGAACAUAUAUAUAUGAUCAUAUUGUGCUUUAAACAAUCAAAUUCUACUUUUAGGGCAAACAUGAAAUUCCCUUUGCAUGUA